UCGCAGUUGACUGCCUGACGUUACGGUCGGCAGUACUGGAAGUAUAUAUAUUUCGGAAUAAAUCCCUAGUGUUUUCACUAGUCUAUUCCGUUAGACCCGACCAAUAAAAUAAUGGUAUUAAAUUCAACUUUGAACGUCUAGGGAGUGCCGUAAGUGCUUAGACAGUCCGUACUUAGACAUCACGAAAUGUGAAAAUGCAAGCCAGUUCAGCAGCGCCUUAAACGGUGUUAUAUACCCAACGGCCAAUAAACGAAAAUAAAAAGUAUCGAGGUUACUUUCUUUUGUUAAGUCCGUAGAAUUUACCCAUUUAUCUCUGGUUCUGGGUUCAGUAGUUGUUGGCGUUCGACUUUUCUACGAAAUAUUAAAAUACAUGGAAAAACACUUAUAAGCCUUGAUGUACGAAAAACCCCAACGCAAUGAGCUUGGUUAAUCUGUCUGUAAAUACUCAGCCGCCUGGUCUUCUUCGAGGUUCUUGGUUGAAAAGGUGCCCAGAUUCGGAAAAUGAGGACGACAACGGUGAGGGAAUUCCUUCAAAGGUUCCACGUUAUUCGUGGUAUGUUACACUGGAGAGCGAAUCACCACAACCAACCGACGAGGAUGACGAGUCUGUGUAUAGUGUCCAAGAUAAAGAAACAGAUUACGUCACCGACACUUCUGACACUUCAACGCACACUUGGGUCAGUAGCACUGACGGCGGCGAUUUGGCCCUUCAUGUAGAGUACGAAGUUGCCUCACUCUCCGAAGAUCCCAAUCCAUUUGACAACAACACGUCGUCGUCUGACGUAUCUGAUAUCGUGGCUAUGGGUGUACUGACAUUCUGCGACUCUGACCUUGGUUUAGCGGAUGACAGCAACGAUUCCCGAAGCUCGGUUGACAGCGAGAUUGGGACAGCUGACUACUGGACUUGCGUCCAGUGUAAUACAAAGAAUAACAAUCCCUUAUUUCGUUACUGCGAAAAAUGCUAUCAGAUACGAAAAAAUUUUUUUCCCCCACGACCAAAGUGGAGGAAAAGCAGACGUCAACUCCAGUCAUGCAAAGAUAGCCUGAACAAGAAUUUAUCCGAACAAGGGUCGUUCAAGCAGGAAUUAAGCAGUGUAGACUCGGGUCUCGGUUCAAGCCAGGAUGGCAAAUGUUCCCCGAUGCUAGAUGUGGAGUUGGAUGAGACAACGAUACCAAGCAAGACAUGUGUCACAUCAUCAUCAUCAUUGCCAAUGUCACCUUCUAAGCUUGGACAAUCUGGGGAUACGGCUGACUCUGGAUUCAAAAUUGAUCGACCAGCAGCUGUUGAUACCUGCCCUUCCUCGAUUUCCCAGGACAUUUUGAACGAGUCAGAAUACACGACUGGUAGCAUGUUGGUGAACAAUGGUAACAACGAUAGACCUAACGAUGAAACAGUGAAUAGGAAUAUACCAUGGAUGAUGAACCGAGACCCCAAGUAUCGUGAUAAAAUUAUCGUUGAGACGCACUCAACGCUGGGCGAAACAGAGAGUAAGUUGUGCAUUACAUGUACAGCAGCUCCCAAAAACGGUGCAUUUGUUCACGGAGCUGUAACCCACAUUUGUUGUUGUUAUCGUUGCGCAGUGAAAGUGUGGUCUAAGACAAAACGCUGCCCAAUUUGUAAUCGAAAAGUUACCAACGUGCUUAAAGCAUUUUACACUUGAAUACACAUACAGGAGACUGGGAAGAAAACACAGGGAAUAAAAAAAAAAGUACCAGUGA